AUGCCCGACGUGGAACCGCUCAGAUAUCCAUCCAGAGAAGGACGACCGAGCAAACAAGAUCAAGCAGAUCUUCAAGUCGUUUGCUCCGGUCGACGUCGCACUUGUGCUUUGCUCAACAGUCCCUCGCCAUGUGUCAACAACGCUAUUUACCAUAUGCAAGAGCUGAGGAUGGCUGUGGACAAUUGGUGUCAGCAGGUAAACAAAUGUCCGCCGCAGAUCGACCAGGACAAGCAUCAAUACAGCAAAACUUCAAGAUUUCAACGGAGAGACUCGGGCACCGAAUCGAUGAUGUCUACAGAGUUGUUCGUCGAAGGUGUCGCGAUUAUGGCAAGAGAAAGUUCUCCAUUAUCGCCACUAUUGAAGAACAUAAAUGACGUCCUUGGAGAGGUGGUGGGUCUGAUUGAGCGGCUGGAGGCUGAUCGGCAGUCCACAGAGGAAGCUCUCCACAAAGAGAAGAGGAGAAAGAGAUACCUGGAGAGCAAGGUUGAGAGGGUUUCACUGGGGAAGCAACAAGAGCAUUCCUCCGUCGUCCAAAAAGAGCACGAGGCUUGCAACAGAGACAUCAGUGAACUGAAGUGGCAGCUCAAAUUGGAAAAAGAGAAGCUGGACAAGCUCCAAGAGAAACUAUCAGACACAGAGGUGUUGAACCAGCAUUUACACAAGGACAUCAACUUUGCCCAAAAACAAACACCCGUUGUGAAAGAGAACCUGGACCUCCAGAGAACCGCUAUUAAUCAAAUCAACACUGCACAAGCAAAGGCUGAUGAGGUAAACUCAAAAACACAAAGUGAUCUCCUGAUGGUCCAGGAGGAGUUUAAAAAGAUGGAACUGGAAGCCAACAAUGAGAAAAUAUCAUUGGACCAUAUCGUGUUGACGAUGGAGACUCAGCUGGCUAACACAUUGGAAGAUUUAAACCAGAUGACGACGCUUGAGAAAAGUCUCUGUGCUGAGAUCGAGGUUGCUGAAAAGACAGUUGCUCUUACAGAAGACAAGUGUGCAGCCAUGAAGCAACGCAUCCCUGAGAUGAUGGAGCUGGAGAAAACUGAGGAAGACCGGAUUUCACAAUUAAAAAGUCAAAUUGAGGAUGAAAGGCAAGAGAACAAGAAAUUACAAGAGAAAGUAAUGGCAUUGCAAGAGGAUAUCGAGAGAUCUAAACUUAAUGGGGAAGAAGAGGUUUCCUGCAUAGAAGAGCAGUUCCAUUCCAAACGUAAUGCUCUCGCAGCGCUCUGUAAAGAAAACAUGGAGUGUGAGCAGAAUGUUGAAGACUACAAGAGGAACAUUUCGGAGAGUGAGAAAGCAGUGAAGCACCUGCGCUCGCAGAGAGAGCAGAUGCUCCAGAAAACCCUUGACAAUGAUGAGCGGCGGGAAAAGGCCAAGGAGGAGGUGACCCGAGUUGUCGCCCGGCACAGCGUCACCAAGACUAAGCUGAACGAGCAGGAGCACCUCACCUUCGUGGAAGAGCAGAGGGCCAGGACAGAGAUAGAAAACCUGAAGGAAGAUCUGACAGGUCGGAUAACUGUCCUGGAACUGCUGCAGGGUCAGUGUGCAGACGUCAGGGAGGCGAUACAACGACAGACAAGGAGCUCAGAGCUAACCAACCAAAAACUUCACAACGAUUUACAGGAAGCAUCUUCAACAACAAAAGCACUAGAGACAAAAGUUGAGAAAAUCAAAAAGGUGACAGAACAUUUUGAGAAGAUUCAGUACGAGCACAGGAAUACGUUACUGGACCUUGAGAGGGAGAAGAAACUCAGAGUUGACCUCUUGAAAGCCGCCCAGGAUUUACACUCUGCAACUGUAAAGAGAUGUGACGACACCCAGCUGAGGAUCAGUGACCUCACGAAGAAGUGCGAAGAAUACCAGGAAUCUUCGGAUGAAUUGGAAAAAAUCGUUGCGAGCGUGCCAGAAGUCCUCGAGGAACUCCAAAGUGUGUUUGAUGCGGUGGAUUUCAGAAACAAAUCAGCUGCUCUUAUAAUGAGCACCUUGCAGUCUGAUAUUAAUAACUGCCAACGACAAACACAGCGAUCCAUGCAGACACAAAGCGCUCACGUUACAGCGAGGAGAAGGGAAAUGGAAGAAACCAAGGAAGCACUAAAAGCUGCACUGGAGGAGAACCAGCAGCUGGCAAGUGAGUAUGAGGGUCUGAAGAAGAUCCUCAUGGAGGCCAGACACGAGGAAGUGUCAGCACUGAGCAAGAAGAACCAUGAACACAGAUCUUUACAUUAUUACACACAGCUCUCUUUGUUGCAGAAGAGGAUGCACAAAGCUCUGGUGAAAUACUUCAAACAACGCAGCCUCUACAGCCAGGCUGAACUGGACCGGUGCCAGGCGCUCUCUCAAGAGACCAACCAGAAAAUAAAAACAGCCCAGGUCUGGUCCAGACAUUACAGGGAGCAGCCAUGUCUCAGCAGCCCAGCCUAAAGGCCCCAGCAGAUCACGGCUCAAGGAGGGGUUGUCAGGAGAAAUUCAGCUCAUCGCUGCCUUCCUGAAAUCCCUGACAGACGACUCUACUUCCACCGAUGA